GUAAAUGUAUGUGCUUUCAGCCCCUCUCUAGAAAUGGAAGGCCAGAUUCCUUAUGAUGAUUACCCAGUAGUCUUCCUGCCACCCUAUGAGAAUCCCCCAGCCUGGAUUCCUCCUCAUGAGGUGAUUCCUGAUUCAGACGCCCAUCGGGCAGGACUACAGGAAGGAGACCAGGUCCUAGCUGUGAAUGAAGUGGAUUUCCAAGAUGUUGAGCACAGCAAGGGUGUGGAGAUUCUGAAGACAGCCCAAGAGAUUAGCAUAUGGGUCCAAUUCUUACCCUACAAUUACGACUGCCAGAAGGAGAGGACUGUGCACUAG